AUGGCGGCGGCGGCGGCGGCGGCGGAGGUGAGCAACAGGAGCGUGAUCCUGAAGCGGCAUGUGACGGGGUUCCCCACCGAGGACGACAUGGAGCUCGUCACGGCGACGGUGCGCCUGGCCGUCCCGCCCGGGUCGGCGGCGGUGAUGGUGAAGAACCUGUACCUCUCCUGCGAUCCCUACAUGCGCAGCCGGAUGACCAACCACAAGGAGCCCAGCUACGUCCCGGACUACGUCCCAGGGGAGAUUAUACCGACUUUCGGUGUCAGCAAGGUGGUGGAAUCCGGGCACCCGGAUUACAAGGCCGGUGAUCUGGUGUGGGGAAUGACAGCAUGUGAAGAAUACACCUUGAUCACUACUCCGGAGUCGCUUUUCAAGAUCAACCAUCCCGAAUUACCGCUGUCGUACUACUUAGGUGUUCUCGGCAUGCCAGGCCUUACUGCAUAUGCUGGAUUUUUCGAUGUCUCCAAGCCAAAAAAGGGCGACUAUGUGUUUAUCUCGGCAGCAUUGGGUGCCGUCGGACAACUUGUCGGGCAGCUUGCCAAGAUCACAGGUUGCUAUGUAGUUGGCAGUGCCGGUUCUGAUGAGAAGGUCAACCUCCUGAAAACAAAGUUUGGAUUUGACGAUGCCUUCAACUACAAGAAGGAACAGGACCUCAACGCCGCACUAAAGAGGUGCUUCCCGGAGGGCAUUGACAUCUACUUCGACAAUGUGGGUGGUCAGAUAUUAGACGCUGCGCUACUCAACAUGAGGCUGCACGGGCGGGUGGCCAUGUGCGGGUUGAUUUCGCAGUACAACCUGGAGCUGCAUGAGGGCGUGUGCAACCUUGCCUGCGUCGUUACCAAGCGCGUCCGCAUAGAGGGAUUCAUCGUGACGGAGUACUUCGGCACCUACCGCAAGUUCGAAGAGGAGAUGGUGGGUCACCUCAAGGAAGAGAACAUCACCUACGUGGAGGACGUCGCCGAGGGGAUCGAGAACAUGCCGGCAGCUCUUGUCGGGCUCUUCUACGGGCGCAACAUCGGAAAACAGCUGGUGGCUGUUGCACGGGAUUGACAUGACAUGCCAGAGGCCCGGCAAGCAUCAACAAGUACCGAUCUACGUUCCAAGAUCAGAAGUCACAGAGGUUCCUGGUUUGGUUUG